AUGGGCACGGUGCUCUCCCUUUCCCCCGCCGCCUCCUCGGGCAAGGGCGGCGGCGGCGGGGGGCUGCUGGCCGACAAGGCGCCGGGAAGGGUGCCGGGCAAGGGCGAGAGCCGGCUGAAGCGCCCCGGCGUGCUCAUCUCGGCGCUCACCUGGAAGCGGCUGGUGGCCGCCUCGGCCAAGAAGAAGAAGAGCACCAAGAAGGUGACGCCGAAGCCCAGCGGCGGGGUCCCGGCGGGGCCCCCGGGCCAGCCCGACCCGCUGGUGGUGCAGCGCAACCGUGAGAACUUGCGCAAGUCGGUGGUGGGGCCGGCCGACGGUGCCAAGCAAGGCCCGCUGGCCGUGCCGGUGCCCACCGUGCCCUCGGCGCCGCAGGAGCUGCACCCGGGCUCCGGCGGGGGAAAGCCGCCGCCGCCACCGCCGCCAGCCGGCAGCCGCCCCCCGGGGUCUCCGCGCCGCGUGGUGGUGCAGGCGUCCACCGGCGAGCUGCUGCGCUGCUUGGGGGACUUCGUGUGCCGCCGCUGCUACCGCCUGAAGGAGCUGAGCCCCGGCGAGCUCAUCUCCUGGUUCCGCAGCGUGGACCGCUCGCUGCUGCUGCAGGGCUGGCAAGACCAGGGCUUCAUCACCCCGGCCAACCUGGUGUUCGUCUACCUGCUGUGCCGGGAAGCGCUGCGGGGCGAAGACAUCGGGAGCCAGGCCGAGCUGCAGGCCGCCUUUCUCACCUGCCUCUAUCUCGCCUACUCCUACAUGGGCAACGAGAUCUCCUACCCGCUCAAGCCCUUCCUGGUGGAGGGAGACAAGGGGCGCUUCUGGGAGCGCUGCCUGGGCAUCAUCCAGCGCCUCAGCGCCAAGAUGCUGCGAAUCAACGCGGACCCGCACUACUUCACGCAACUCUUCCAGGACCUCAAGAGCGAGGGCGAGGGCGGAGACGGGUCCAAGCACUGGACGAUCAGCCUGGACCGUUAGGGAGGUACCAGGCCCCCGGCGCCGGGGGCGGAAGGGGCCGCGCACCGAGGGGCGGGGGAGGCGAAGGACUGUCGGAUUCCCCCCCCUCCUCCCGCAUCCUCCUCGCCUUCCCCCUUCCCCGGCCGUCAGUUCCACGGAGACACUGCUUGGACCCUCCUUGCUCCGGAUCCGGCUGCCCCCCUCCCCCGCCUCCGACCCCAGCUGGGGGCUGCGCUCCGGAACACCGAGGCGGCGGCGAAGACCGGGGAGGGGGAUUGGUGUCCCUCCCACCUUCGCGAAGGGGGGAGGGGGAGGCUGCGGAGGAGCGGAGGUUCCUGGAUGCGUUUUCUCUAGAAAAAAAGGGGUGAAAAAAUGGA